GAAACAGUUGUGAAGAAAAACCAGUAAACAAUGGCAAUGACUUCCUUUUCGUGAGUUCUUUUUCCCCAAUAUUUCCGUUUACUUUCGAUUUUCUCUGCAACCAUGGAGGUUCCCUCAACAGCUCCUCCUAAUCGUCCUCGAAUGACUUAUGAUGUUUUCAUAAGUUUCAGAGGAGAAGACACUCGCAACAAUUUCGUCGGAUUUUUGUACGAGGCCUUGUGUCAAUUGGGAAUAAUGACUUUUAUGGACGAUAAGAAGCUCUUAAUCGGGGACGAUCUUAGUGAAAAGCUUGUGAAAGCAAUUGAAGAAUCCAGGUCUUCAAUCGUGGUUCUAUCGAAAGAUUAUGCUUCUUCCAAGUGGUGCUUGAAAGAGUUAGCCAAGAUAAUGGAUUGUAUGUCUGAUACGACACAUCGAGUUCUUCCUGUGUUUUACCAUGUGGAUCCUUCCCAUGUUCGACAUCAGUCUGGAAAUUUCAGAAAAAGCUUUGAUGAACAUGAAGAGAAGGCUCAAAAGUUCACAGGCCAGCAAAAAGAGGAAUACUGGAAGGAGGUUCGAAAUUGGAAGGAUCCACGUGUUCGUUACAAAAAAAUGAAUAUGCAACUUGGAUUAGGAUUGGAUGAUGUACGCUUUAUAGGGAUAGUUGGGAUGGGUGGCAUCGGUAAAACAAAAAUUGCUGAAGUCGUUUAUGAUUGCAUCAAAUCUAAAUUUGAGUGCAAUUGUUUUCUUCGAGUUUUUGGCGGUAGUUCUAGACAAAUUAAUUUAGUGUCACUUCAAGAACAAUUACUAUCUAGACUUUUCUUAAAAGAAAACGUAAGAAUAUGGGAUGAGGAUUAUGGAGCGGAAAUGAUAGAGAAACAACUAUGUAGUAGAAAGGUUCUUCUUGUUCUUGAUGGGGUUGAAGAAAAAGAGCAACUAGAAAUGCUAGCUAGAAGUCCCGAUUGGUUUGGUCCAGGGAGUAGAAUUAUAAUUACAACUAGAAACAAAGAAGUACUCCAUCAACCCUAUGAAAUUCUAGAACACAAGGUGAAGUUAUUGGAUAAUGACAAUGCCCUCCAACUCUUCUGCAAUCAUGCCUUUGGAAUCGCCCACAUUGAUAACAAUUUCAUGAAUCUCAGUAAGGAGAUGGUAGAGGCUUGGAGACUUCCAUUAGCUUUGAAAGUAAUUGGAUCUUAUUUGAACAAAAAGAAUGGGGUAGUAUGGAAGGAAACAUUGAAUAGGCUCAUUAAAGUUAAGGAAGAACGUUUGUUUGAAGUAUUAAAGAUAAGUUAUGAUGGGUUAGGAGUAGAAAGUCAGAAAGUUUUUCUUGAUUUGGCAUGUUUCUUCAAUGGAAGAAGAUUAGAUAAAGUGAUUGAAAUACUUGAGAGUUUUGGUUAUAAUCCUCACAGUGAAUUACACUUGUUCAUAGAAAAAUGUCUAAUUGAAGAUUCACAUUCGAAGAUACUGAUGCAUGACUUGAUAGUCGCUUUGGGUCAAGAAAUUGUGCGGAAGGAGUCCCUAACCCAAUUGGGUAAACAAAGCAGGAUUUGGCUUCAAGAAGAUGUUGUUCGUGCGUUUACUAUAAAACAUGCCAAGUUAUUUGCAGAUAUGACAUGUUUAAGAAUAUUGGAAAUUAGCAACGUACAACUUUCUGGAAAUAUCAAAUCUCUCUCAAACUUAUUGGGACUUCUCAAUUGGCCUGGCUAUCCAUCAAAGUGUUUGCCAUCAAAUUUUCAAUCAGGGUAUCUACAUGAAUUACACUUACGUCAUAGUGGUAUUCUACGAAUUUGGGAUGGAAAAAAGGAGUUUGAGAACUUGAAGGUGAUCGAUGUUAGCAAUUCGGAGUAUUUACUUGAGACCCCUGAUUUUUCAGAAGUUCCAAAACUUGAAAGAUUGGUUCUACGCAAUUGUAGUAGAUUGUAUCACAUUCACCAUUCCAUCAAUAGCCUCCAUCAUCUCAUUCUUUUGGAUCUAACUAACUGCUCAAGUUUUAAAAGCUUUUCGACAAAUUUGGGAUGCAAAAAUCUCGAACAUCUAGUUCUUUCCAAAUCAGGUGUUACAAGCUCUCCAGAAUUUGAAGGCAAUAUGGAACACUUGCGUAAACUUCAUCUAGAUGAGACUCCUAUAAAACAACUUCACUCAUCAAUCGAACAUCUAGUUGGCCUGAUUCUUUUGGACCUAAGGAAUUGUAUUAUGCUUUCUAGUCUUCCCGAUGAAAUUGGUAACUUGAAUUCUCUUGAAGCUCUAUUUUUGGGUGGUUGUGUAAACCUUGAUCAAAUUCCGCCCAGCUUGGGAAAUGCACAAUGUUUGCAGUUCCUUGACAUUGGUAAAACUUCAAUUUGUCGUGUACCGCCUACUAUUCAUUGUUUGAAGAAUCUUGAAGGAUUAAAUUGUGAUGGGCUAUCAUGCAGCAUCUGGCGUUCAUUGCUCCCUCCAGACAAUAUUCUAGGAUCAGAUUUGGGAAUUCCUAGUUUGAAGUUUGGUCUGGAGUCACUUGAAUUUCUAAGUCUAAAAGACUGCAAUCUAGUGAAUGAGGAUAUUCCCGAAGAUCUUCACUACUUUUCCUCAUUGAAAACUCUAGACCUCAGUGGUAAUAAUUUUGUAUGGCUCCCUGAAAGUAUCAACCACCUUAAGAAUCUAAGAGAAUUGAAGUUGCACGAUUGCUUUAAGUUGCAACAAUUACCACAGCUUCCAACACAUCUAGAACCCAUAAUCUCUUAUACUGAAUCUGGAGCCAUCAGAAAUUUGCCUAUACCGUAUCACCAUGACAAGCAUUUUAUCCUCGAGUUCAUCCCUAAAACCAACUUAAAGUUGGAUCUAAAGGCUUUCGAGGAGUCUAUUUCGGAAGGAGCUUUGUUUUAUUCUACUGAUGACAAGGCUGAAGUCUUGGAAUGCUUCGACGAAACAAGAGAAGGGAAUGUGAUAGAAAUUGAUCAGUAUCAAAUUAAAAAUGAUGCAAACAGUAUUUAUGGAGUUGUUCUUGCAGCUUGUAUUCAAUGCUCUCAAAACACACCCCAUGAAGUUAUUACAUUUUAUCGCAAAUUCUUGGUUGAGUUGGAAAUGGAAGGAAAUCCUAAAACUCUUAGUUUACCAUUGACCUCCAAGUUGACAUCUAAAACAAGAUUUUGGAUGUCAUUUAUACCAUCGCACAUGCUUCCAGAAUGUAGAGUGUGUUUCAAGAUUGUGGUUAAGGGUUCUUUGCCGUCUGUUGUCAAUGUACAAAAGUGUGGUGCCUUUGUCCUCUCCCACCAAAAUGCUUCACGGUUUUUGGCAUACAUGUUCAAUAAGGUGUAUCACACUCGGAAGCAGAAUAAAUUCAGCACAACUAUUAGAGAAUGUAAUCAUGGGAGCAAGUGUAGUUGCGACGAGCCCGAGACCAUAUACCAAUAUUGUUCAACUCAAUAUGUUGAGAAUGAAAGUGACUCACUUUCGUUAUUAAAGAGGAGCCUCAAAUCAAUCCUUCAAAGAACUUACGAGGAAGAAAAAGAUCAUUCUUUAUAUUACUUUUUCCCACAAGGCCCAGCUGUAAGUUGGUUUAGAAUCCAGCAACCCAAGGACAGGGUGGCAGUGAAGCUUCCUCUAGAUUUGUUUAGAGAGAAGAAGUGGAUGGGGUUGGCUGUGUUUGCUAUUUUUUCCAUACCUGGAAAUUCCGAAUUUGUUCAUCACCAUACCUUCAACUUUCAAAUAACCUCAAAUGAGAAUGACAGACAUUUGAUGAGUGGAGGUUCAUAUUUAUCCGAUUCUUUUUUAAUCCCUCUAUCGUUGUUACAAACUUCACCUCAAAUUCUCUUUGUGACUUUCGCACCACGACAUGUGUUUCCUUAUGUUCAAACUGGACUGGAUCAUUUUUAUGUCAGUUUCAUAAGUAUUCCUACAAGAUUGCGAGUUGAGUCAUGUGGGGCUCGUCUAGUUUACCAACACAAUGUGGAGGGGCUUAUCAACACAAUCAUGGAUUGUGUAAUAAAGAGUGGACAAGAAUGCUAUCAGAACUACAAUCAGACAAUUUUGAGGAACUUUUUAACAACAUAUCAUCGGCCUAUUCGGAUUCGAGUCCCUGCAAACCCAUCAACAACUUCAACUUCUACUUCUACUAAUCUAAGUGGCGAACAUAAGAGUUCUCCCCAGGUUCUCUCCCUCUCUUUCCCUCUACGAAAGAAUUUGAUUACUUUUAUACUUGAUUGCAUUGCAUAUUGUUCUUACAGGAACACCGGUACAAAAGUAAGCUCAGUUUCAUUACUGAUGGAAAAGAAAUCCCAGAUUUUUUCACCAGUCAAAGCACGGGAAACAAAGGAAGAGUAAGGACACCGGAGAGAUUGUAUUUUGCUAAAUGCGAAGUAGGAGUUCUUGUGUGCGCUGUGGUGGUCUAAACAAACCGAUAGCAAAACUCGAGGGCGUCAAAGUGUUGGAUCUUAAAUGUGAAUUUGGAGUUGAUUCUCAUGAAAUUGAACCAGAGCAUCACAUGUUUGUUUCUACAGAAAAGCUUUUGAGUAGAUAUGCGUCGUCAUUCAUUUGGGUCUCCUACAUACCACUUACAGAAUUUAAUGUCCCUUGGAUGUGCUGCAAUUACUUGAAGUGUACGGUUAGCACCAACCAGGAGGAACUAUUCCAUGUGCAACAAUGUGGUCUGCAUAUGCUAUAUGCAUCUGAAAGAAAAAUGGUUGAUAAUCUACUUCAUAUAUGACCAGAAGCUAAGAAAUUAGGUACUGCUAUUUUCUCUACUUUAAAAAACUAGUUAUAAAAUAUCAAAUAAAAGAAAAUUUAGAAUUCACUAUCUCUUUUUCUCUGGACAACUUACUUCUAAGCAGUGUGCAUUUUUAUACAUUUUCGUGGUUUCA